CCCAACGGUAUGACCCGCGCGGGCUGGCCCGGUGGGCAGCGGCGGGGAAGCUGAUGGACAGCGCGGCCCGCUGAGAGAAGGCGCACACCGCGAGGGCUGCCGGCUGGCGCUGCACAUGGACCGCGCGGCAGGCGCACGGGCCAGGGCCCGGAUGCCAGCCUCGCUGGGGACCCGCAUCGGUCUGCUCCUUGCGCUCCUUGGACUCAGCCACGCAGCCACGGAGAAAAUCUAUAAUGGCACGGAGUGUGUCCCUCACUCCCAGCCCUGGCAGGUGGGGCUGUUUGAGGGAGCCAACCUGCGCUGUGGGGGUGUCCUCAUCGACCGCAGGUGGGUGCUCACGGCCGCCCACUGCACCGGCAGCAGGUACUGGGUGCGUCUGGGGGAACACAGCCUCAGCCAGCUCGACUGGACCGAACAGAUCCGACGCAGCGGCUUCUCCCUGACCCACCCCAGCUACCAGGGAGCGUCCCAGAGCUAUAACCACGACAUCCGGCUGCUGCGUCUGGGCACCCCAGCCCGCCUGACCAGCAGCGUUCAGACCCUGCCCCUGGCCAGCAACUGUGUGGCCGCCGGCACUGAGUGUCACAUCUCAGGCUGGGGCACCACCAACCGGCCCUGGAGCCCAUUCCCUGAUCGGCUCCAGUGCCUCAACCUGUCCAUCGUCUCCAGAGACACCUGCCAGGCUGUGUUCCCGGGGAGAAUCACCGAGAAUAUGGUGUGUGCUGGCGGCAUUGCAGGGGCCGAUGCCUGCCAGGGAGACUCCGGGGGCCCCUUGGUGUGCGGGGGCGUCCUGCAGGGUCUGGUGUCCUGGGGCUCCGUGGGGCCUUGCGGGCAGAAGGGCAUCCCAGGAGUCUACACCAAUAUAUGCAAAUAUGUGGAUUGGAUCCGGACAGUCAUGAGGAACAACUGAGCUGCUCUCUGGUGUCCAGCACGCAUUCCGAGGGCCACUCCAGCUCCUCCGGCAUCACCACACUUCCUCUUCUUGGCCUGGGGAUCUUCUUCUGAACCCCUACCCCGCCUCCAGGAAGCCCCUUAAGACCCCAGUUGGGAAAGGAACAAGUGUG